CGCGCGGCGCCAUCUCAGCGCGCCGGGGCGGCCGCGGGCAUGGGAGGCGCUGCGUGGCGCUGGGCGCUGCGUGCCGCUCGCCUGCUGCCCGGCGCCGGCGGCGGGAGGGCUCCGGCGGCGCGGCGGGGCGGCCCGGGCUCCGCGUCCUCAAGCUCUGGGGAUGAGGCUCUGAGGGACAAACGUGCUCGGAUCCUGUCACGAGGGCUGCCGAAGCAGAAGCCCAUAGAAGGAGUUAAGCAGGUGGUGGUUGUGGCUUCUGGAAAAGGGGGAGUUGGAAAAUCAACAACAGCAGUAAAUAUUGCCCUUGCCCUAGCAGCAAAUGAUUCGACAAAAGAAGUUGGUUUACUUGAUGCAGACAUAUAUGGACCUUCAAUUCCAAAGAUGAUGAACCUGAAAGGAAAUCCAGAAUUAACACCAAAAAAUCUAAUGAGGCCCCUUAAGAACUAUGGAAUCGCAUGCAUGUCUAUGGGUUUCUUAAUAGAAGAGACUGCCCCAGUUGUGUGGAGAGGGCUCAUGGUAAUGUCAGCUGUUGAAAAAUUGUUGAGACAGGUUGACUGGGGUCAACUGGACUAUUUAGUGAUUGACAUGCCACCUGGGACUGGAGAUGUACAGCUGUCAGUAUCACAGAAUAUCCCAAUUUCAGGAGCUGUGAUUGUCUCCACUCCACAAGACGUGGCUUUAUUGGAUGCACACAAAGGAGCUGAAAUGUUUAGAAAAGUCCAUGUGCCUGUUUUAGGACUGGUUCAAAAUAUGAGUGUUUUCCAGUGUCCCAAAUGUAAGCAUGAGACACAUAUUUUUGGAGCUGAUGGAGUAAGAGAUCUGGCAAAAACCCUUGGAUUGGAUAUUUUGGGAGACGUUCCACUGCAUGUUAAUAUACGGGAGACGUGUGAUUCAGGACAGCCUGUUGUGAUCUCUCAGCCUCAAAGUGAUGCUGCUAAAGCCUAUCUGAAGAUAGCUAUGGAAAUAUUAAGAAGACUACCAGCACCUCCUGCUUGAAGCAUUUACCACUGAAACUUAGCAAAACGUCAUCUUUGAUGCAGCCAAUGCAGAAGAGUCCUGGUAUCUAAUUACAUGGAGAGGCCAUAUGUUAGUUCUAAGAACUUCCUUAGGACUUAAUUUACCAGAGGUUAAAUUAUGAUUGUGAUAAUUACUGUUUUUCACUACAUUGUUUGGCCAUUCCAAAAGGAUUCCCAUACGCAAAUGAGUAUAGAUAGUGUUUAACUGCUCAAUUGCAACAUCAUCAAGCAAGAAGGGAUGAAGUUUGUUUUUACAUGUGCCCUGUUUUAAGGUCAAGAAUAAAAAACAGCCUCUCCAUGCAAGGAGAAUGAUAAGAGGUAUGCCAUAAAUCCUGACAUAAAAAUUAAAGUUUCAGUACUCUAAUUUCCUUCAGUUUUUGUUCAACUUUUUACAUGGUUAGCUAUCAAUCUGACCUUAAAUUCUGCAAGAUUUUAAGAAGCAAAAUCAGUUCUAUAACUGCUGUAUUUUGGUAUGUUCAUCUUAAAAGAAAAUUUAAGAAUUCCACAUACACUCUGAAGAGUUCUUGUGAUGGAUGAUGAGCAAAUUCAUUCAUUAUCGGAUAAAGUUCUAUCGUGAGGCAAUUCACAGUUUAGUGGAGAAUGGAUUACGUGACCCUGAGGCUUAUUUCUCAACUUAUUAUAAUGAACCCAGACAGAAGACAAGGUAACAGAGGUCUUCACUGAAAACUGGAUGUUUUUCCAGAGCUCAGUCUACCAGGGAAUGCAAAUGAUCAAGAUAAAUUAAAUUUAUGAUUGCAUAUUCCUUCUACAGUGCAACAACUUGGAAUUUGAAUAUAAAGAUAUAUUUUUGAAGUAAAGAAAUAUUUGGUCUUCAAA